GAUACACCGAGGGGAAACAAAACCCCUCCCAGUUGUUCUCGUCAACUUUUACUUGCGUUGAAUGUGCGCUUUUAUCUAGUAGACAAUGAGCCCAACGAAACAACAUGUGUUUACCGUUAUGUAGUUUUUGUUUGAACCGACACUUAGAAAGAAUACCUUUUCGAUAAACUCCGAUUUACAUAGGCUACCAACAAAACGGCGUGCGCACCGAAGCUUGUGGAAUGUCACGUGACCACUAUACUUCUACUGAAGUCCUCCUGCUCACAUACCAAUUUCAUCACACUCUGGUCGACUCGGUCAUCAGUUGUCGAAUCAAUAGCGGAACUUUCAGUUUCAGUUUCCAACUCUCACGUUCUCCCAUCUAAUAAUAAUUUUAUUUUUUGCGGUAUUUUUGAAAAAUAAGUUAAUUGACUCGUCAAACCACCCUUUGCUGAAACAUAAGACUGAGACUUCAGCAGAGGGUGUAGAGUCGGGACAGAACAGCUACGAGCGUCAAAACCGAAGAAUGGAGAUUUGGCUGAGCCCCAAACACCGACUCCCCUUCUGCAUGCUCCGGUAGUUUCAUGGGCAAAAUGCAUUGUAUUUACCGAGCACCUAAUCAAGCAAAGCAGUCUCCGCAAGAGUGCGAAAUCUCGGAUCGCAGCGAUUUAUUUACGCGUGUUUGACAUUAAUUGGAGAUCUUUAGGAAAGACCCACUAAUGGAAUAACGUUACAUAGCUACGCAAGGAAAGCUUACAACGUCCGUUUUGUCGCUCGAUUCCUUGCCUGAAAGUAUAAGGAAUGUUUGGCAUACAGAAACGAAGGCUGUUUGGUGUUCUUUCAUUACCGGUAAUUGUGGCAGUGAUGUGCUGUGCUCAAAGCGCCAAUGAACCAGGAAACAUGUCUUUUGUCAAAGAGACGGUGGACAAGCUUUUGAAAGGCUAUGAUAUUCGUCUUCGACCGGACUUUGGAGGUGCACCGGUGGCAGUUGGCAUGAGCAUCGAUGUGGCAAGCAUAGAUAUGGUGUCUGAGGUCAACAUGGACUACACACUGACCAUGUAUUUCCAGCAGUACUGGAGGGACAAGCGGCUCGCAUAUUCUGGAAUCCCUCUCAAUCUUACCCUAGACAACCGGGUAGCCGACCAUCUCUGGGUUCCUGACACGUAUUUCCUAAAUGACAAGAAGUCUUUUGUCCACGGUGUCACAGUGAAGAACCGCAUGAUCCGCCUGCACCCGGAUGGCACAGUUCUUUAUGGAUUAAGAAUCACAACCACUGCCGCUUGCAUGAUGGAUCUGAGAAGGUAUCCAUUAGAUGAGCAGAACUGCACUCUGGAGAUAGAGAGUUAUGGAUACACAACAGAUGACAUCGAGUUUUACUGGAAGGGAGGAGAAAAUGCAGUGACUGGUGUGUCACGUAUCGAGCUCCCACAGUUCUCCAUCGUGGACUACAAACUUGUGUCCAGAAAUGUUGUCUUUUCCACAGGUGCUUAUCCUCGACUAUCUUUAAGCUUCAAGUUAAAAAGAAACAUCGGCUACUUCAUCCUGCAGACCUACAUGCCCUCAAUCCUGAUCACCAUCCUGUCCUGGGUCUCCUUCUGGAUCAACUAUGAUGCCUCAGCAGCCAGAGUGGCAUUAGGUAUUACCACUGUGCUGACCAUGACCACCAUCAACACCCACCUGAGAGAAACACUUCCGAAGAUCCCCUAUGUCAAAGCCAUAGACAUGUAUUUGAUGGGCUGUUUCGUCUUUGUCUUCUUGGCUCUGCUGGAAUAUGCUUUUGUCAAUUACAUUUUCUUUGGACGAGGGCCUCAGAUGCAGAAGAAGUUGGCUGAGAAAGCUGAAAAAGCCAAUAAUGACCACAACAAGUAUGAUGGCAACAAGUCUGUUCAGGAGGGAGGCAACUGCAAGGCAUCAUCUGUUAAACAGUCCAAUCAGGUACAAGGCCACCAUCACUCACAAGGGGUUGACUCCCAGGGAAAUAUCCUUCUCACCACCCUGGAGAUCCACAAUGAGGUGGCCGGGAAUGAGGUCACCACCAGCGUUAGCGAGACCCGAAACUCCACUUCAAUGGUGUUCGAUAACUCAGGGAUCCAGUAUCGUAAACAGAGCACUGCGCGGCCCGAUGGCCGCCACAGCAUGGCCAGGAACAUGCAGCCAAAGAAACCGCGGCUACGUAGACGCUCUUCUCAGCUCAAAAUCAAAAUCCCUGACCUCACAGACGUGAACGCCAUCGAUCGAUGGUCACGGAUAAUAUUUCCUUCAGCUUUCUCUCUUUUCAACUUGAUCUACUGGCUGUAUUAUGUGAAUUAGGCCUGAGACGUCAAAUGGGUUUUUGUCCCUUCACAAUAUUUUUUUAUGUUGCCAAGUGGAAAAUAGAGACUUUUUUUGCUCUGACGUACUUAAGGGAUGUACUUAUACGCGCCAUAUAUAUCAAGGUUUUUCUACAAUUGAACCUUUGUUGUGAAGAGUUCAGAAGGAAAGCUACCUGCACUAAAACCCAUUCUCACAUACAGUAAAUAUGUACUCAAACAUUCCCAUUCACACAUACUCAAAAUCUGUUUUCUAAAGACUAUCUCUGUACAUACAUGUUGCAAUUUUUGAAGCCACAGGACUUCCGCAUGAUGCACUCAGAACUGUUUUUGAUUUGUACAUGUUGCUAUGUUAUUUCAAUUGAAAGAUGCUAAAUGCAAAUGUUUCAUGCCAAUAAAUAUUUAUUGUUUGAGCGCAGAAGCCUAUUAUUGAAAGAAGAUUAUACAGUUGUGGAAAUGCAGUAUAUAACAAGGGUACUAGGUCAAAUCAUGUCUUCAGUUUCAAAGCUCGCUACAUAAACAUCAGCUGCACUUAACAUUGCUGUUAUGAUCUUGUUCAGACAAAGUGUGUAUAUAAUCAUGUUAUGAUAUGCCUCUGGAACAUGAUUUUCAUCUGUCUUGGAUUGAUAUGAUUAUACGCCACUUUUGUUGCAAUCAUCAUGUAAAGUGCUUCAGUACAUGUAAGAUAAGAUAAUAAUUGUAUCUCAUUUCAAGAAUAUCAUGAAUGAAGAAA